AUGGAUAAGGAAUACAAUCGCAAAUUGGAUGAACUAGCUCUAGCCCUAGCUGAAAAUGCCAUCUCUGCUGCUACUAAGACCGUGGAAGAAGCUGAAAACCCUGUCAAAAACAUCAAAUGGAUCACACAUGGUGAAUUCACAGUGGAAACAGGACGUACGCAAAUUGAGGAGUUCAUUUCAGAUUCACCCAUUGAUGUCUUUUAUGUCUUUGAGGCCCAUACAUUAAUUCACAGACCAGGAACAACUCGCUUUCGAGAAAAAUGGCUGAGAGACAUUACUGAUGCCAAACAUGUUUUAAUGGAGUCAAUCACCUUCUAA